UCCGCAGUUACCACCGAAAGAUGAGACGUUAACUAUCACAUAUUGUAGCAAAAAAAAACAAUAUACUGUUAACAGUGUUAAGGACAACAUUUAGUUUUCAUUCAGGUUCAUGUCACGAGAACAAUUUAGCUUUGGAUUGUUUUACCAAUGAAUUUGAAUAUAAAGUGUUAAAACAUUCUGUGAAUACAUAAGUGAGUGGUUAGUGUACAUGCCUUUAUCUUAUUAUAACUUAAGUUAUUGUUGUUUUGUUGUAGUGUGGAAGGCUACUGUUCGGAAUUUACGAUGGACUACAGAUUUGUUUCUGCUUUAAUUCUACUUUAUCUAAUAAAAGUUGUUGUUAUUGCUGUUGUUGUUGCUGCUGCUGGUGUAAGUGGGAAUACAUGUGGUUAUCUGAAAUAUCGCGAUCCAGCAAUAAAAGGGAGGAACGUGACGUUUGUGUUCAAACCGAACAACUACCAAAGCGCCCUACUUCCCAUUUUAGAACACCGCAUAAAUGGUCAGGAUCUCAAUUCAAAUGCAAUAGUGAGGAAUGACCAAGACAAUCAUCUGUAUUAUAUUGUUAUAAACUCUACGGACCAUGGGUCAACGUCAUAUAUUGUAAAUUACGGAGGAUGCUGGUCAAAUUUGGUAGACCUCAAUUUAAAAGCUCUUUCUGGUUGCGGAUAUUUGUAUAUUCGGACCAAAGUAAUCACCACAGGAAGUACUGUCGAGUUGGGCUACUUUCCCAAUACAGUCGUGAUUAACAAUAUAACAGCUAGUUAUGUUCGCCAAUGGCAUAACGCGACCUCCUCAUCGGAUAUGCACUUAUCUGCUGGUCAUUUGUCUGAGAGUGAGGAUCCCAACUGGGAGUUUGUACUGACAAUACACAACGUAGACCGAUGGAUGACUGGAAACUACAGUGUGAGAUGCACUGACGGCCGGACUGACGGGGACAAGUUUACACAACCCGUUGAAAUAGCCGUUAUUGUUCCAUCAGGUAAACCGUCGCUUCAUUCCAACAACAAUACUUCUGAUUGUGAAGAUUGCUUAGUAGGGAUAGACGGUAAGAAUUUGGACAAACAUAUUUACUGUCACACAACCGGCGGAUCGAUUCCAACAAUAUAUGUCGGAGAAAUCAAUGUAACGAUACACUUCAUUAGUAAUGAUACAUACCAGCCGUCGUAUGUUGCGAGAAAAGAGGACCACAUGAAAAACGUUACAUGUAGCGUCUUCAAUGCAGCUAUGGCAUCGCCACUUAACACCAGUUCCAAACUUUAUGUGGCUGUUAAGCCAGACGACGCAGUUCUCAACGUACCUGAAUUAAAGGAAGGGGAACCAGCUAACAUUACAUGCACUUCCACGGGAGGGAGACCCUCGUCGAAAUUAAGUCUUAUGUUCAAUGCAACCAACAUGUCUUCAAUAGCGAGCACUACAACCAAUUAUAACGAGGUUUCCAGAACCUACACGACGCAGAUUAAUUUAAAUGCAAGUGCUAAAAGAGAGUGGCAUUUUAUGGAAGUCUCAUGCCUCCAGCACACGCACUUGUUUGCGGCAUACAUGACGCGAAGGGAAACUAUAAAUUGUAGAUAUCCCCCUUCAAAGGUAAUAUUAGAGAAACCAUCUAUACCUUCCAAACUACAAGACAUCUACCAUCUCGUCUAUUUCUGUGAGGUAAAAGACUUUAACGACAACUGUAGCGUACAGUGGACCUCAGAUAAACCUUCGCUCCUAAGGGAUAGAAAUCCUACAAAGAGAACGAGUGAUAAAUCCAUGCUGUCCAAACUGAAUGUAUCUGUCACCAAGGAGGACUUUGGCAAGGUGCUUGUCUGCAGUGCUGUUUGUUCCAGCUUUCAACGUAACAUCUCGAAAUCAUGUUCUCUGGUGGUGCCUUAUUUGUCAGUGAUGUCGCUUUCGGUUGGAAAGGAACUAUUUUUACAAGAAUAUGAGUCAAAGACUGUAACCUGCAGUGUUGAAAGUUAUCCUCUUCCAGACAUUUUUUGGUCAGAUGAGUUUUCAAAACCCCUUCGAAGGUGUCAAAAGAGCGCAACAUGUACUCUUACUAUUGAACAUAUUUCUGUCGAUGCGCGAAUGAUUUAUAUUUGCGAAGCAUCCUCAGAAUUCGGAAAUACAAGUUCCUCUUUCGUCGCAAUCAGUACAGUAAACCAAGGGAAGGGAUCCAUUACUGAGCCGGUAUCCGGUUUGUUGUUGCCAUGGGUUGCCGUUGCUGGUGGAUUUCUUAUACUUAUUGCAAUAAAUGCGGUGAUUGUAGUUGUUCUCAGAAAAAAAAUUCGACAACGGGGAACAUCGAAUGAGCAAACUUACCUCAACGCUGUUUUCUGCCAAAAUUUGUCCACAACAAGUAACGAAAGAACAACUGAAAACACAGCUGAAAGUCCACGAGUAGAAGGUAGAAUAGACGAAGCAGUGGAAAAUGAGAACAUAACACCUGAAAUUCAUAACUACGAUGAGAUUGAGAUGGAGAUACACACAUAUGAAGCAUGUAAGAAUUCGGGAGAAACCGAGCAUCCCUAUGGGCAUUUAGAAUGCUAGAAUGAAUCGCACUGCUAAACUUUCUUUCAACACAGCAGCGCAUAAAUAUAAGAAAUAAAACAUUAAUAAUUCAACUUCCAAGUGAAAUAUGAUUUCAUAAUAUCUAUACAUAGUUUAUAUAUGAGUUAUAAUUUCAUAUUGUUUUAAUGAGAAAAAAUACGAUUUUGAUAAUUUUCACUGCCCGUGUGGGUUCUUAUUCACGGUUGCCUGCUCUACAGUCCUGUAUAAGGUUUUAAUUGUUCAUGGAUACAUGUUUCAUCUCUUAAAUCAUACACAACAAAGAAUGUUAAAGACCUCUAUAUAACCAUCGCACUGUUAGAUUUGCGAAAGACAAUUGAUUCUAUGUAUUACUCCAUCAACUUUAGACAAACUUGAUUCCUUUGUAGUUCUUUCAGUUGAUUGGUUAAAAUCAUAUUUUAUAAAUGGGAACAGCAGGCAACUAUCAAUAAGGUUUCAUCCAGUUCGUCAACGGUAACCUGUGGGGAAUCUCAGGGCAGCAUUAAUGGUCCUCUAGUAUGUCUUUGUUAUUUAAAUGGUAUUCCUCAAUGUAUAGACCCUAACUAUUAUCUUAUAGUUUACGCAGUUAACAGCGCCAUUUUGUUUUCACAUAACAACCCCGAAUCGAUCUCUUUAAUGCUCAAUUUUGUUUUGUUUCAUUGUUCUGAUGGGCUUGAUAACAACAAACAGUAUAUUUGUUUUGGUAAAACAGAGCAAAAUGUCAGAAGUUGUUUUCUGCAGCAUUAAAUAAACAUGAUAUUUCAUUCACAAACCUGGUCAUAUACUUUCGUGAUUCUUUAGAAGGCAGUCAAUGCCUUUAUACUACCAGUAUUGUUAAUAUUGCGGACCCAAGAAGACAAUAUAUAAAAUUUAAACCAUAUUUGAAAUAUAUCAAUGUUAAAUCGACAACAUUUCUUUGUCAAAAUUUUAACAAAGGUUUAACUGUUUACUCCAAAAUGGUAAUUUUGCUUAACCAUAUAUGUAACCGUGAUGAUUACAAUGUGGAAUGUGAUUGGAAUGCAUUUCCAGACAAUUUAAAGAUAUGUACACCACUAAUUAUUUCUAAAAUAACACGGUUAACCCGGCUAAUGAGCUUACAAACAGUGUUAUUGUGUAUUGUUGGGUUUAAAUCAUGCACUCGUAUUAAAUUUUAUUUUGAUAUUUGUUUAUUUUAUUGUAUCGAAUAUUUUAAUUAUUCUUUCCGUGUGUCAUCUUUGUUAUGUGCCUUUCGUUUAAAACGUGUAUGUAGGAUUCCGGCCUUGUGGCGUUAAACAGGGUUUCUUUCGUGACUAUUUAGGCUAAAAGGCUUGACCCUGUAUUAUGUUAUUGUAUCAUUGUUAACCUUUUUUUAAACCAAAUUAAAAUUGAUUUGAAAUGAGUGACAUUGGUCGCUCUCUUUGGUUAUCAUAAGUUAUGAAAUCUUUUUUUUUUACAUAUAAUCUGUGUUUAACCAAAAUUUUAAUUUUAUUUCACACAUUUUGUUAAUAUCAUGUAUGUUAUAUCUGUUUUUAGUAAUAAUUGUACAUACCUUUAUGUGUUUAUUAAUCAUUUGAAAUGCGCAUGGAUGAAAUUGUAGGGAACUGUUUCUGCUGUUGCUUCUGUCGUUAUUGCUGCUGCUGCAGCUGCGGUCGCUGCUACGUCUACUAAUGCUGUGGCCGCCGUCUUAGUUACUACAGUUCUACUCCUACUAAUACUGUUAAUACUUCUUCUACUACUUCCAA